AUGGAGGGCUUCGACCCUGAGCUCGAAGUCGAACCGAAGCCCAAGACUCACUGGGACGGUGGCACCGGCAACCAGGAGCCCAGAAACUACAACGCCAUCAUUGAGAAACCCAGGGCAAAGCGUCCCCUUAGAACAGACGAGGGCAUCACCGGAGCGAAUAAUCCCUCGCUGAUGCCACCACCACCACCACCACCACCGCCGCCGCCGCCGCCGCCGCCAAACUUGAACCGCGUCGCAAUUCACCAGGCAAUUCCAGCCCUUGGCCAGAACCCCCCAUACAGUCCCUCUGUCGCCGAGCCACCGCUACAACCCAGCGUACGAGCCAAACACAACAAGGUGGAGAGAAAGUACCGUGACCGUCUGAAGGGGUACUACGACGAGCUGCUGGCCGCGCUGCCCAAGACGGCCAGCGAAGCGCGGUGGGCGGCCGAGAAAGGCGCCGGGACCAGCGCCGAUGCCGACGCCGAACCGGACGGCAACGACGCCAUAUCACCGGAGACGGCAGUAGAAGCAAAGGCUUCAGCUCCGGUAGUCUCCAAUGACGCCAACGCAUCAACAACAACUCGUACAGCAACACCAGCACCGACGAACCCCCGGACACGCGAGGAGCACGACGGAGAUAACAGAGACGGCGGCGGGCGUAGGGUGACCAAGGCCGAGGUACUGGACCGCGCGCGCGUCUACAUUGACACGCUAAAGCGCGAGUACCAGUUCGAGCUGGAGCGCAACGUCCUGCUGCGCAGCAAGUGGGAGGGCUACAGCCGGGCGCAAGGGCAGCUGGACCUUGGGGUGUAG